CACGGGUGACGUCAGCGUCGGCGUUGCCGGGUGACGGCGGCGCCCGGGGCGCGCGGCGGGGCCUGACGUCACGGCGCGAUGGCCGCCCGCCCGCCCGGCGGCAUGGAGGCGGCAGGCCCGGCCCGGCGCCGCUGAGAUGGACCUCAAGGGCCAAUACUGGACGGACGAUGACUCUGACGGGGACAAUGAGUCCGAGGAGUUCCUCUAUGGCGUCCAGGGGACCUGCGCCGCCGACCUGUACCGUCACCCCCAGCUGGAUGCCGACAUCGAGGCCGUGAAGGAGAUCUACAGCGAGAAUGCCGUGGCUGUCAGGGAGUACGGGACCAUUGACGACGUGGACAUCGACCUCCACGUGAACAUCAGCUUCCUCGAUGAGGAGGUGGCGACGGCGUGGAAGGUGCUGCGGACGGAGCCCAUCGUCCUCCGCCUGCGCUUCUCCCUCUCCCAGUACCUCGAUGGCCCCGAACCGUCCAUCGAGGUUUUCCAGCCAUCCAACAAGGAGGGCUUCGGGCUGGGUCUGCAGCUGAAGAAGAUCCUGGGCAUGUUCACGUCCCAGCAAUGGAAACAUCUCAGCAACGAUUUCCUGAAGACCCAGCAGGAGAAGCGGCACAGUUGGUUCAAGACAAGUGGCACCAUCAAGAAGUUUCGUGCUGGCCUCAGCAUCUUCUCCCCCAUCCCCAAGUCUCCCAGCUUCCCCGUCAUCCAGGAUUCGGUGCUGAAGGGCAAACUGGGCAUCCCCGAGGCUCGCGUCAAUCGCCUGAUGAACCGCUCCGUCUCCUGCACAGUGAAGAACCCCAAGGUGGAGGUUUUCGGCUACCCCCCCCCCAGCACCCAGGCAGGUGUCGCCCCCUUCAACAUCCUGGUCGGCGGCCACUGCAAGAAUGUCCCUACGCUGGAGUACGGCUUCCUCGUCCAGAUCAUGAAGUAUGCGGAGCAGCGGAUCCCGACGCUCAAUGAGUACUGCGUGGUGUGUGACGAGCAGCACGUCUUCCAGAAUGGCUCCAUGCUCAAGCCAGCAGUGUGCACACGGGAGCUCUGCGUCUUCUCCUUCUACACCCUGGGCGUCAUGUCCGGCGCGGCAGAGGAGGUGGCCACGGGCGCUGAGGUGGUAGACUUGCUGGUGGCGAUGUGCCGUGCUGCCCUGGAGUCCCCCCGCAAGAGCAUCAUCUUCGAGCCUUACCCUUCCGUGGUGGACCCCAACGACCCCAAAACACUUGCCUUCAACCCCAAGAAGAAGAACUAUGAGCGGCUGCAGAAGGCCCUGGACAGCGUGAUGUCCAUCCGGGAGAUGACCCAGGGGUCCUACCUGGAGAUCAAAAAGCAGAUGGACAAGCUGGACCCCCUGGCCCAUCCCCUCCUGCAAUGGAUAAUCUCCAGCAACAGAUCCCACAUCGUCAAGCUGCCCCUCAGCAGGCAGCUGAAGUUCAUGCACACCUCCCACCAGUUCCUCCUGCUCAGCAGCCCCCCGGCCAAGGAAGCCCGGUUCCGCACCGCCAAGAAACUCUACGGCAGCACCUUCGCUUUCCACGGCUCUCACAUUGAGAACUGGCACUCCAUCCUCCGCAACGGGUUGGUCAACGCUUCCUACACCAAACUGCAGCUGCAUGGAGCAGCCUAUGGCAAGGGCAUCUAUCUGAGCCCCAUCUCCAGUAUUUCCUUUGGAUACUCAGGGAUGGGGAAAGGGCAGCACCGGAUGCCUUCGAAGGAUGAGCUGGUGCAGAGGUACAACCGGAUGAACACCAUCCCCCAGACACGCUCCAUCCAGUCCCGCUUCCUCCAGAGCCGCAACCUGAACUGCAUCGCGCUUUGCGAAGUCAUCACCUCCAAGGACCUGCAGAAACACGGCAACAUCUGGGUCUGCCCCGUCUCAGACCACGUCUGCACCCGCUUCUUCUUUGUGUACGAAGACGGCCAAGUGGGAGAUGCCAAUAUCAAUACUCAGGACCCCAAAAUCCAGAAGGAGAUCAUGCGUGUGAUUGGGACUCAGGUGUACACAAACUGAGCAGCAGUGGGGACCCCCCUGGGACCCCCCCCGGGAGCCGAACAAAGACCCCGGGUGAGGCUGGGGAAGGAUGAGCGGGUUUCGAGCCUCCCAGGCAGGGCAGAGACAGGGGCCGACGCCGGCGGCUCCACCAUGUACAUAGGCGUCAAGCAUCCAGUGAGCACCAGGCGGGUUUAGCGGUCCCUUGUCCCCUCCCCGUCCUGUCCCCCAGUGUCCCCGACCCUGUGGCAUUGUGGAGAAGGAGCUGCGGGGGGCUGGCGUGGCUGGUGGCCGCCCCUCCUGGUGUUGGCCGCGAAGGCGUUUUUAUUGACAAUGAGAAACCGAAGCAAAAAAAAAAAAAAAAACCAAAACGAAACAACAAAACAAACCCAAAAAAAACC